AUGAGGCGUUCGGAAGAAGCACAUGCUGCUGAGGCACACGACGAUGAUCCUCCGCCGCCAUACUAUUCGGCAGAUGAGGGUGCGGCACCGCCCCUGCCCGCCAGGCCCGGCGCGCCCGUCGUCGGCGACACCAAGAACAAUCCAUUCCUGUCCACAGACCUACCGGCCUCUUCCAGCAGGUCCAGCAGGUCGCCGCCCGCGUCGGCCUCGAGCGGGCGGCCCAAGAUGCCAACGCCAGUAAGGCCGACGGGCAAAUUCCCCGCCGAUCUCAACAUGUACUACCAAAAAGCGGUCGGCAACCCGACAUUUAAUCUUGGCGAGUCAGAAGACCGGCCGCACCUCUGCGUCACCUUUCACAGCAGUCUGACCUUUUCUGGCAACCCGUACUUUCUGCUACACUCGACGGCAAGCCCGGACUCGCCGCCCCUGGCGAUAGCCGAAAAAGCCGGCCGUCUGGGUCAGCGCGCCGAGAUCAAACUCCCGGCCGUGACGGGACCCGAUGAGGGGCCCGAUGCCGAGGACGUCGAGACCGAGGAGAUGAAGGCGCACGCCAGUCUGACCUCGGUGUCGUACACGUUUAGCGUGGAAACGGCGCCUGGCCGGCGCGAAAAGUUCGAGUGGCGCGCGUCCAAGGGCAACGAGGUCAAGGCCCUGGUGGACGGCAAAGCUCACCACGGUGGCGGACGCAAGUUGGUGCGUCUCGCGACCGAGGCUGACGGCGUGGGUGGCACGCGCGCGGUGCGGGACCAGGGCGCCUCGAGCGAUGGGCGCGAGGUUGUGGCGGUUUGGGCUGACAAUCCCAAGUGGAGCGGCAACAAGGCGGGCGCCCUGAGGUUCUUGGGAAGUGGUGCGUCGGGUGCGCUGGGUGGGCGUUUUGCCGUCAUGACGAUUGCCACCUCGAUUAGGAUUUGGGAAAUGAUGAAUGAGACGAGCUUACAGAGCGCCGCUACGGGAUCGCUUGGAGCUGGUAAUAGCGAGUGA